GAUUAUGUCGGUUGCACCAGUGAACGAAUACUACUGCUGCAAGUGUUAGUUGUUGUUUUUUUCCUAACCGUUUUGCGACACUUACCGGCCUUUGCUGUUUGAUUGGCUACUGGCCUCCUGCCUGAUCACUAGAGUGUAUUUACAAAUAAUUCUACAAGUUGACGUUUUAUUGUCCAAUCGCCGCUCGCGUCCUCUUGCGGAGGCGGGAUUUGCCGGAAUACAGGUGGAGGGAAAAUAAUGCUUGCUAGCAGCAGUUUUGGAAUCGCAGCUUUACCUUCAGCGCAGGUGUGAAAAGCGCUUUGUGUGGUUGAUAUGUCGAUAGGUGUGACAGAAGUGGACAUGCGAUAGCCUUCAUAUGAGCUUUAACAGAAGAGACAACACUAAAGACUGUUACGGGGAGGAAGAGGUGCUGCGUGUGAAAGAUGUUCGGCACGACGCAGACGUCCAAGUCUCAGUUCCUGGAUAAAGCGCGUCUGGCGCGGGAGGAGAGGAAGGGGCAGAAGGAGAGAGAGAGAGCGGCCACACAGAUCCAGGCUCUGGUGCGCAGGUUUAUCUGUCGCUGCAGACUGCAGAGAGAAAUCAGGAAAGAGGUGGAUGAGUUCUUCACAUCAGGUGAAACAGGAGCCACUAAGAGAAACGCACUGUCCAUCUUUAAAAUCGCAAGAAAGUUAUUAUUCAUAUUCGACAAAGAUGAUAAGCUGAGGUUUGAGAAACUGUGUAGAAUGAUUCUGAGCAGCAUGGACGCUGAAAAUGAGCCUAAAGUGUGGUACGUCUCUCUGGCACUUUCUAAAGACCUGACCAUCCCCUGGCUCAAGCAGAUCAAAGAUGUGCUCUGGCUCUCCUGCGAGUUCCUCAAAAAACUCAAGCCGGACAUCCUGCAGGAUAAUAAAUUAGUGACUCUGUAUCUGACGAUGCUCAUCACCUUCACUGACACGUCCACAUGGAAAAUAGUGCGAGGGAAAGGAGAGGCGCUGAAGCCUGCGUUAAACAGGAUCUGUGAGAACAUCAUGGGUCACCUCAACCAGAAGGGCUUCUACUCUGUUCUGCAGAUUUUAUUAACCAAUGGAUUGGCGAGAUCCAGGCCCUCUCUCUCCAAAGGCACGCUCACGGCCAUCUUCACACUGUCACUCAGACCCGUCAUAGCAGCACAUUUCUCUGAUAACCUGCUGAGAUCUUUCCUCCUCCACAUCAUGUCCGUCCCUGCCGUCAUCUCCCAUCUCAACACGCUCACUCCAGACUGCAUGGUCACUAUACAGACUUAUGAUCUCAUGAGGAAGUUUAUCUUGUUCCUGAGUCGAGAAGAGCAGUGUUUAGACAUCUGUGUCUGUCUGGAGGGAAGUCAUACACUCUGCUUACUGGGUAACCUGAUACAGCUGGGUUACCUGAACGUGAAGGUGCUGGAGCAGGAGGCCGGUCACUUUGUGAGAGAUCUGACAGACAUGUUGUCCUACUGCCAGAGAUACGUCUCUCAGAAAAAGUCCAACCUCACACACUGGCACCCGGUGCUGGGCUGGUUCUCCCAGACUGUCGACUACGGGCUGAAUGAGUCGAUGCCGCUGGUGACGAGGCAGCUGCAGUGUCUUUGGGGCGUUCCUGUGAUCUGCACGCUCUUCUGUGACGUCCUCAGCAAAAAACUGGAGGUGCAAGAGCCCGCCCCUCCUCCUCCUCAACCAACCACAGCUCAGAACAAUCUGCCCGUCAAAAAUCUGUUUAAGAGAGCUUUCCAGAAAUCAGCGUCGGUCCGGAACAUUCUGAAGCCGGUCGGGGGGAAGAGAGUGGACUCGGCCGAGGUGCAGAAAGUGUGCAGUGUGUGUGUGCUGUAUCAGACGGCCCUCACCACACUCACACAGAUCCGCCUGCAGAUCCUCACAGGUCUGACGUAUCUGGAUGAGCUGCUGCCGAAGCUGUGGGCGUUUAUCUGUGAGCUCGGACCUCAGGGAGGACUCAAACUCUUCCUCGAGUGUCUCAACAACGACACGGACGAGUCCAAACAGCUGCUCGCCAUGCUCAUGCUCUUCUGUGACUGCUCACGACACCUGAUAACGAUUCUGGAUGAUAUUGAGGUUUAUGAGGAGCAGAUUUCAUUUAAGAUGGAGGAGCUCAUCACCAUCUCUUCCUUCCUAAACACAUUUGUCUAUAAAAUGAUCUGGGAUGGCAUUCUGGAGAAUGCGAAAGGGGAGAAGCUGGAUCUGUUCCACAGCGUGCACGGCUGGCUGAUGGUGCUGUAUGAGAGAGACUGUCGCAGGAAAUUCACGCCUGAUGAACACUGGCUACGCAAGGACCUGAAACCUAGUCUGCUGUUCCAGGAGCUGGACAAAGGCAAGAAGAGAGCUCAGCUGCUGCUGCAGUACAUCCCUCACGUCAUUCCACACAAAAACAGGGUUCUGCUGUUCCGGAACAUUGUGACAAAGGAAAAGGAGACACUGGGAUUGGUCGAGACAAGCUCCGCCUCCCCCCAUGUGACACACAUAACUAUCCGACGCUCUCGCAUGCUCGAGGACGGUUAUGACCAGUUGCGUAGGCUGCCUGUGAACUCCAUUAAGGGUGUGAUCCGUGUGAAGUUUGUGAAUGAUCUGGGGGUAGACGAGGCUGGGAUCGAUCAGGACGGAGUGUUUAAGGAGUUUCUGGAGGAGAUCAUUAAGAAGGUCUUCAACCCUGCGCUCAACCUGUUCAAGACGACCAGUGGGAACGAGCGCCUGUACCCGUCACCCACGUCCAGCCUCCAUGAGAACCACCUGCAGCUGUUUGAGUUUGUGGGUAAGAUGCUGGGUAAGGCGCUGUACGAGGGCAUCGUGGUGGACGUCCCCUUCGCCUCGUUCUUCCUGAGUCAGGUGCUCGGACAUCACCACAGCUCCUUCUACAGCUCCAUCGACGAGCUGCCCUCACUCGACUCCGAGUUCUACAAGAACCUCACCUCCAUUAAGCGCUACGAUGGUGAUGUCAGUGAUCUGGGUCUGACUUUAUCAUAUGAUGAGGAUGUGAUGGGGCAGUUGGUGUGUCAUGAGUUGAUUCCUGGUGGAAAGACCAUUCCUGUUACUAAUGAAAACAAGAUCAGCUACAUCCACCUGAUGGCGCAUUUCCGGAUGCACACGCAGAUAAAGGAGCAGACGGGGGCGUUUAUCCGCGGAUUCCGCAGCAUCAUCAACCCCGAGUGGCUGCACAUGUUCUCCACCCCUGAGGUGCAGCGGCUCAUCUCCGGGGACAACGCAGAGAUCGAUCUGGACGACCUCAAAAAGCACACUGUGUACUACGGCGGCUUCCACAGCAGCCACAGGGUGAUAAUCUGGCUGUGGGACAUCCUGUCCAGUGACUUCACUCCUGAAGAGAGGGCCAUGUUCCUCAAGUUUGUCACCAGCUGUUCCAGACCUCCUCUGUUGGGUUUUGCCUAUCUCAAACCCCCUUUCUCCAUCCGCUGUGUGGAAGUGUCCGACGACCAGGACACGGGGGACACUCUGGGCAGCGUGCUUCGUGGUUUCUUCACCAUACGCAAGAAAGAGCCUGGUGGCCGUCUGCCCACCUCCUCCACCUGCUUCAACCUGCUCAAACUGCCCAACUACAGCAAGAAGAGCAUCCUCAGAGACAAACUGCGCUACGCCAUCAGCAUGAACACGGGCUUCGAGCUCUCUUAACACACACCUAAACAUACCCAGACUCUCGUUUAAAGAUUGCUCAUUCAGAAAUCAGCAAUGAUGAAAAGGCAGUCAGGAAGCGUAUAUCAAGCUUUCUGAGUUUCUGGGCUUGUUCAGAGAUGAGAGACAUUAACUGCAGCAGCACAGGAAUUAGUCAGAACGGGUUCAUUGCUCACACACACUGAAUGGAAAAGGCGAGACCUCUGUCCUACUCAGCAUCUGAAGCCAAAGCAUCUCUACAGGCCUUAUUCACCUCAGCCUGGAGUGUGAAACUCGAUCAAACCCCAUCAGCAGAUCUUAGUCCUGCUUACACUUCAGUUUUAAAGUAAAGUUUUGCUGUGUUUUUUCUUCUCUCAUUUCUCACACUCCUGGACCUUCACUUCUCACGAGGAUUGGGACGGAACCCAUCACAGUAGUCAGAGUGUAACACAGCCGAGGGGGUUUCUCAGGCUUCCAGACGGAGACGUGGACUCGUCUCUCACUCGCUCUCUGCAAUGGAAAGCAAUACGGAUGCAACACAAGCCAUGAAACACACCACAUGAAGGAAACUUCAGGAGAAACAACAGAUCACGUGUUAGCUGAAGAUUUGCUGAGACUUUUGUGUAGAUUAAACUGCGCAGCUGUUUGGCUCACUGCUGUUGGUUCAUAUUGUGGCGCCAUGUCAAAGAUCUAGAAUAACAAAUUUCCAUGUCUUUUGUGUUCCCUUUUACACACUACAGGAGGAGAGAGCGUAUUUAAGUGACGUUGCACAUUAUUUAAAUUAAAGCAGGCUGCCUGAAGUCACAGAGGAAGUUUGUUGGACUAAUUUGUUUAACAGAUUUUAUUGUUAUGAAAUUGAGAUGAGUUAGCAAACAAAGAAAUGAACUGAUAUACUGUAUAAAUAUACAGUGAGCUGAGAACGACUACAUCAUUUGUUAUAAAGUCUCUUUUACGACAACCUAAAGAAGACUGCAGUGAAUAUUUAUAGUGCCGUGCUGCACAAACCACCAGCAGCAUGAACCAAAACUAAAUGAAGUUAAACAAGCAAAUGUAGCUCGAGGUGUAUGUAAAGUCCAGUCAUGGGUAAAAUAACUUCGAAAAAAUGAUUAUUUUGUAUUUUACCUAAUUUUUUUCCUCAUUAUUCCUUCAAGUUUUGGUUUGUUUGUUUGUCUUGUUUCUUUCAGGUGCUUAGACUUUUUUGUGUUUAAUUAUUGUAACACUUUUUAACUUGUAGUUCAUAACGCAUGGUUAUUCACAAUGAUCCCAUGGAGGCGCCGUAUGGUGUGUUUCUGACUCUACUAACCUGUAGCCGAGUGGAGAUACUGUAAUCAGAUGAGAGGACACUUCUGCUUUGCUCUUUCUUCCCAAUAACUGAUAACUAACAGUUUGUGCAAAUGUUUGUCCCCCCCCCCACACACACACACUGCUCUGCCGUCGUUUAAGAGUGUUACACUGGAAACAAGCCAUAUGAAGGAGAAGAGCGAGUCUUAAACCAGCUCCUGGUUUAUUUAGAGACUGGACUCUAAAGGACUCUGAAGUUCUCCUCUUGCAUGAUGUCACUGGAUGCUUCAAAACUGUGGUCCUGUUAUUAAAUUUAAAAAUGAGGGCAUUCUCUGUUUUUUUUAUCUUUUACAAUUGCAAAAAGCAACUAAAUGAUUAAUUAGACGUUUUAAAGAGGGUCCCAGUAAGCGGGUUACAGAGCUGAUGAGACGUGUUUUGUAAAAGGCUGAAGAUGAAGAGCAAUAGCUUAUUUGCAGAAACGUAAUGACUUUGAGAAGCAGAUGUCAGGUCUGUGUUCUGCACUCAUCUGUCUGAAUUCUUCCUGUUUUUUGCUUCUGUAUGUGCAAAUACCAUGAUCCUUUCUGUAUGACCAAGCUGAACAGUGCUGCUGAUCCUAACGAGUUGAACACAAGGGCUUGGGACUGCAUUUUUAUUCAGAUGGACUAGUGUGUGCCUGGUGAUGUUCAUACAGUCAUCGUGUGUGUGUGUGUGUGUGUGUGUGUCUCUCUCCAGGUUGUAGGACUGAACAUUAAUGCAAAACAAACUUUAAAGAGCGAUUGUAAAAACUGAAGAUUACAGACUGAGCUUGACUGAUGAUCUUCAGACUUUAAUGAUGUCACAAAUCUUUUUUUUCCCUCCCUUAAACGAUAUAAAUCAUCAUCGCUGUUUCUGCGCUUGAGGAUGUUUUUGAACUUGGUUGCGCUACAGAAACAGCAGGUCGCUAUAGGAAUGAAAAAAGCAGUGUCAUUGUAAAGUUCUGUAUUAUCACACGUGUAGUAAUAUUUCUUCUGUAAAAUGUGAACUUAAUCACUUCAAUCAUGUACACAUUUAAUAUUCUAAAAUCUUUACUAAACAUCCA